GGAAGAAAACAGGGUUGUUCUCUCUCUGUCUUCUUCCAGGCAGCGUUGAAUUCUAGAGUGAGAAAAGAAAAAGAUAGAAAAUUUCAUUCUGUUAUUUGUUGGAGAAGAAGGGAUUUUUUUUUUUAUUUUUUUAUUUUUGGAUAGACAAGGUCUCUUUCAGAAGAGCUUUGACUCUUCCAGCUCUUUCAUUUUAUAGUGGCAUUUUUUCUCAUACUUUGAAUUCAUCGUUUCCCAUUCAUCCAAAACUCUUCAUUUCUCUGCCAUUAAAAUUCUUUUUCAAAGUUUUUCAGCUCCAAAACCCAUCUGGGUUUUUCCCUGUGUUCUCCUCUCAGAUCCGAAAAUCCCAAGGAAAUUCCAGGUAGCAGUUUUAGCUCAUGGGUAAUUGUUGUGCAACCCCUAGUUCUUUAUCUGAAUCUGAGAAGAAAAAAGGGAGAAACAAGAACACGGCCAAUCUUUUUUAUGGUGAGGAUUAUGCUGUGACCAAUGGAUCUGGAGCUAACUGGGUGUUGAAGGACCCCACUGGUCGUGAUAUUUCAUCUCAUUGUGAUCUAGGACGUGAGCUGGGACGUGGUGAAUUUGGUGUAACAUAUUUGUGCACGGAUGUAAAGUCCGGGGACAAGUUUGCUUGUAAGUCGAUUUCAAAGAAGAAGCUUAGGACUGCAGUGGAUAUAGAGGAUGUGAAGAGGGAGGUAGAGAUAAUGAAGCAUUUACCUAAGCACCCGAAUAUUGUUUCACUGAAGGAUACUUAUGAGGAUGACGGUGCUGUGCACAUUGUGAUGGAACUUUGUGAGGGGGGAAAGCUUUCUGAUAGGAUUGUUGCAAGAGGGCAUUACACUGAGCGAGCUGCUGCUGUGGUCAUGCGGACUAUUGUAGAAGUUGUUCAGGUUGAAAUUUUGAUUCACUUUUCUUUUUUUCUUGUUAAAUUGACAGAUCUUUCAUUUCAUUUUAUUUUUCUUCUCUUGAGUUUGAUAUUUAAUGUGUUGUGAUAGGCUCUUUUUGCACUAGAUGGGAUUUUAUUAUUUUCCCUGAUCAUCAGAGUCUUAUUUUUCAAUUAGAAAGAUUCCUAGUUCUUGCAUGAUAUUGGAUUGUGACAAUUUUAUGUGAAAAGCCACUUUUUUCUGUCAAAUUUUGAACUAAAAGUUGUUGUCACUUAUAAAGAUUUCACCUUGAUCGAUAUUUCUCUUUUGGCAGUCCUGGCAUUAGCUUAUGGUUCUGGUAGUUAUUUUUAAGAUAAAUUAGGUGCCUUCAUAAUAGCUAAUACGCAAUCUUUACUGGCAUCAUUCCUAUGUCUAUCCAACUCUUGUAGUUCACUUGUUAAAAGCUUUAGUUGGAAGUUUCUGUUGCUGCCUCUGAUUUCUUUUCUUUUUCUAGUUCUUAUCUGUACUUAUUAAUUAUUCCCUCUUUCCAAGGUUUGUUUGUUUUUCCCUUUAGUUUGGAAGCUCUCAUUGGAACCUCCUUCUUUUUCUUCUUCUUCCCUUUUUUUUUUCGCAACAAAAAGUAGGAAUUGGAAGUGGAACCUUUUUCAAUGGCUACAUUUUAAGGCUAGACUACUUUAGUUG